CUGGCCUGCGCAGGACUCGACGCGCAUUCCGCCGUUCAAAAACGUUAUUGUCAUUACUAUUAUUGCCAUUAUAUAAUACACGUACAUCACAUUAUUAUACUGUCGAUUUAACGAUAAUCCAAUAUCAAUAGUUCGUCCGUUUUGCGUUUUAAUAUCUGUAGAAAUGUAAUUUACGACGCCGAUUAUUUGUUGUUCUUUUGUGCACGACGACCGUGUUCGGCACCGCCACACCGCGCGCGCAUUGUAAUCGCCUAUCGCCUGCUGUUAUUUACCAGGCCUCCCCCCCCCCGUCGCGCGACGUCCCAUAUUUCUUUCUCGACGUCGCCGUUCGAAUCGCUUCGAGUGCAUUUCGCGUCAGCCGACCAGUCCAUUCCGUCGCCCGCGUUCACCUGCACGUCUUUUUCCGCUUCCGUCAGCCAUCGUUGCGUAGUACGUUCAGAUAUCAAGAUGAGUAUUAAAUUGUUUGCGAUUUGUGUGACAACUAUCUUCUGUGUAGGAUAUGUUGCUGGUGAAUAUUGUUAUAAUGAUGUUAUUGGUGCAUGCAGCCCAGUUGGAGGAGAAGUCCAAAACUGUAAUUCAAGAUAUGGGGCUUUCAAAGGUGAUGAAUUAUUAACAAAUGUUCAAAGCUAUGCCAACACACAUAUUUUGCGUAGUUUUCAAUAUUUGCUAAUGUCUUCUCAUUUUGGUAAUUUUGAAAAGAACCGUGGUGGUUUCGAAAAACUUUAUAAAAAAUUGUCUGACAAUACAUGGGAAAAAGCCAUUGAUCUUGUUAAAUUUAUGAGUAAACGAGGAGGUCACAUGAACUUCCGGGCACGUAAAGAUGAGAAGAACGAAAAACAAAUUGACUUUGAAAUGUAUGAAUUGGGAAGUAUGGCAAAAGCAUUGGAUAUGCAAAAAGGUUUGGCUGAAGAAGCACAUUACAUUCAUGCUGAAGUUACACGUAGAAAGGAACAUGAUCCCGAGGUUGCAUCAUAUUUCGAGAAUAACUUCGUACAUCAGCAUUCUGAUAUCAUAAGAACAUUAUCUGGUCACACCAACGAUUUGAAGCAAUUGAUUGCCAAUCAACCCGAUCCAAGCUUGUCCCUUUAUCUCUUUGAUGAAUACUUGCAGAAGACAUUAUAAGAUAAUUAUAUUUAAUUUUGUAUGCCAUUUAUUAUUCAACAAAACUUUAUCUUUAAACUCUUAAUCCCAAUAUUAUUUUGAACAAAAAAAAAAAAAAUAUGAUAUAA